GCCACUUGUUUCGCGAAAAAAAGCUCACUCGGAAGAAGAAGAACCCAACCAAGAACACCACGUUUCUUCAUUCCUUUCUUGAUCCCUAUUAUGCACAACAACAAUUCCUUCCCCUAACCAUAAAAAAACCCUUUCUUUCUUCUUCAAUCUCCAAAGAUUCUAUCACUGUUACUAUGGCAACACUCGCUCCCGGGAUUUUGUUGAAGCUCCUCAACGGAUUGAACACCGGCGUGAAACCCACGAGCGAGCACCGUAGCUCACUCCUGCAAGUCACCGACAUCGUCCCCGCCGAUCUCGACGAAAAAAACCUAAUCCCCAAACAGGGUUUUUACAUAAAGGUUUCUGAUUCCUCUCACUCUAUCUACGCGAGUCUUCCCUCGGACCAAGACGACGUCGUUCUCAGCAACAAGAUGCAGCUCGGGCAGUUCAUCUACGUCGACCGGCUCGAACCGGGCUCUCCGGUUCCCGUCCUGAAAGGGGCCAAGCCCCUCCCCGGAAGACACCCUCUGGUCGGCACGCCAGAACCCUUAAUGGGACUCAGAGACCAAAACCAAAACCAAAACCAAAACCAAAAGCUUAAUUCUGCUCCCAGAAGAGGCUCUUGGGGAACCAGCUGUGACGGAGGCUUUAAUUUUAAGCCGGUGAAUCUGGACUUUGAGCAAUGUACCCCUGUGAAAGUGAGGAAUGGCGGGUUUCAACCGGUGUCGUCGUCGCCAUUGAUUCGAGGGAAGGUUGGUAGAGAGGGGACUACUCCGGGCUCCGGUGUGAGGUCCUCUGUUGGUGGAGGGCUUCUAGCCAAAAUCAGUGAUGCUAAAGUGGAAAGUCCUGCAUUGCUUAGAAAAAGCUGCGUGGUUGCAACUUCUAAUUCGAAAUUUACUAGGAGCAGGAGUGUUUCUGAAAGGGAACAUAGAAUCCCUGCUAGCCCCUUCAAGUCAGCUGAGAAGAAAAGUGGGACUCCGCCACCGCGGUUGAGAAAUGCCAGAGUGAUAACUCCUUCUUCUUCUUCUUCUUUUUCCUCUGGGGAUGCUCAGGGUCACAACACGGACACGAGUGUCGCUUCUCAACCCCAAUCUCAGUCUACUACUAAUUCAGCUUUUGAUAAUUGCAACAACCUUAGCCUCCCCAUGAAUUUACCAGGAAAGCUGAGCUCUCUGGGAAAGGAAGCUAUGCAGCAGAGAGAAGUGGCUCAAAAGAUUGCCCUUCAAGCUUUAAGAGAUGCUUCAGCUACUGAGACAGUAGUUCGAUCCCUCAAGAUGUUCUCGAAUUUAUGCAAAUCAGCUCGAACUGAUGCUCCCUUGGCUUGUUUUGAACGGUUUCUGGAAUUCCAUAACGAAAUUGUGCAAGCAGUUAAUGAAAUGGUGUCCAUUCAAGCUGCUACUUCAGCGUCAGAGUUGGCUCAGAAAUCAGAUAAACCAGAACUGCAGGUUUUGCAUGAAGUUAUGGACAAUUGUGAGAAUAGUGAAUCAAACAUGUCCAAAAGAAGGGGUGCUUUGUACAAGUCAAUGGCUGCUAUUCCUGAAAAGCAUGAGCAAAAAGCAAACAUGGGUAGGCUCCUGAGAACCAGUACCAACCAAAAGGAGAUUUUGCAGAAGAAAGGUUCAACUCCACUUACAAAAAUGCCUCUGGAACCGAUUGUUGAAAAUGAUGAGAAUAAGAAACCAGGGGGAUCAUGCAGCUUAAGCAACACAAUCAAACUGGGAAAGCAGAUUGAAACUGAAGCUGGAAAUUGGUUUAUGGAAUUCAUUGAGAAGGCAUUGGAAACAGGUUUGAAGAAAACAAAGGAUGCAUCAGAUGGGGAUGUCAGGAAAGUUCCUCAGUCUCUCAUACUAAAAGUCAUGAAUUGGGUGGAGGUAGAACAGUGCCAAAGUAACAAGCGGCCUAGUCAUCCUAAAGCAGCACAAAUUGCUCGAAAGUUGAGAAUAAAGAUGAAAAAUCCUUGAUGAUAUAAUUCUGUUCGAAUGGUGAAAUAUGGUUCAAGAUGUGUGUUUGGAAUAACCGUUGUUGUGCAUGAUACUUGGUAAAAAUCAAUUCUACUGUCACGUGCCACUUGAAUUUUUUUAAAGUUGAUAAUUGUUUGUAAUAUUCAUUAUUGUUUUAUUAUACAUAUAUAGAUAUUGUUUGGUUACAAUCUUGGACCAUUGCACUCAACUCAAGCAAUUCUGAAAUAAAUAGAAUGUCAACUUUAAUUUUAAAGGUUUAA